CAUUCACCAAAAAGCAACCCCUUGGAGCGUUAAGAGAACUCGAACUCUCACUGGUGGAUACUUGCCAUUGUCGAUUCGAGCUGGAAAAGCAACAGCAUAAGUACGUUAAUAACUCUCUCGUGUAGCUUGUCGUUGAUCACAGACACCAAUUUUUCUGAACCAAAAACCCUUCUCUCAGAAGAUUUAAAUUCGUUGUUUGUUCAGCGUUUUGAGAAUUGCUUAAAAAACAAAAUUUCGAGAAAGUUAGAGAAGAUAAAUGGCUCAAGCUGUAGAGGAAUGGUACAAACAGAUGCCAAUCAUCACCCGAACCUAUCUCACAGCCGCUAUCGUCACCACCAUUGGUUGCUCUCUCGAUAUAAUAUCGCCUUUGAAUCUGUGCUUGCAUCCAACGCUUGUGGUUAAGCAGUAUCAGUUCUGGCGCCUGAUCACUAAUUUUUUUUUCUUCCGGAAAAUGGAUUUGGACUUUCUGUUCCAUAUGUUCUUUCUUGCUCGAUACUGCAAGCUUCUUGAGGAGAACUCUUUCAGGGGAAGGACUGCAGAUUUCCUUUACAUGCUUUUAUUUGGAGCCACUUUUUUAACAGGCACUGUUCUUACUGGGGGAAUGAUACCUUAUUUGUCAGAAUCAUUUGCAAAAAUCAUAUUCCUUAGCAAUUCAUUGACACUCAUGAUGGUUUAUGUGUGGAGCAAACAAAAUCCUUUCAUCCAUAUGAGCUUUUUGGGUUUGUUUACAUUUACGGCAGCUUAUCUACCAUGGGUGCUUUUGGGGUUCUCCGUCUUUGUUGGUGCUAGUGCUUGGGUGGAUCUGCUGGGAAUGAUUGCUGGCCAUGCCUACUAUUUUCUUGAAGAUGUGUAUCCACAAAUGACUGGUCGCCAACCAUUGAAAACUCCAUCCUUUAUCAAAGCAUUGUUUGCAGACGAAGCUGUAGUGGUGGCACGCCCUGUAAAUGUGAGAUUUGCUCCACCAGCUGAGGAAAUUCACCAAGAUUAAGCCAGAUUUUUUAAUAGAGUUAGGAGGAGACUAUGUAUUGGUUAGAUUGGUUUAUCACCCAUGGGAAUUUUGGGUCCUGCAGAAAGUUUCAUAGACCCCAUAUCUUUAUCACAACCAGGGUAUGCUAUGACUCACUGAGAUUAAUUUUGUAUACGAUGUCGCUGUUGCUAGAACUGUGAGUGGAUUUAAGAUGAAUUUUGUAAUUUAUGUAGAGAUAACUGACUCCUGCUUGUCAGUAUACGGCGACUGAGCGCUUUAGCAAGUAUAAAAUAUUACUAAAUGCUUCCCCUUU